GAGAGAGCCGAAAAAGAUUUGUCGGAACCAUUUGGCCCAGUGACGAAUGUAACCAAGUUUUCAGUAGAAUCAACGACAAAGGAUCUAUUGAUGUGCUUCAGUGAUCGUUACAUAGAGAAGCAGAAAACAAUCCCGAUUGGGAAUCUACUGACGGAGGAGAGCAGUGUCCUGAGCUUCGAGCUCGAGUUCUCGCCGUCCGAGGAUGGAAAGAAGACUUUCAAUCUCUCAAUCCAGCAAGGGACAUCGACACUCGUAGAACAGAGCCUCACUACUUCAAUUGAAGCGGAACCAGAUUAUGGUGUUCACCUCACUGACGCGCAAGGGCGACAUUUUGCUUCAGACAAGCUGCUUGAGACCUUGACCAACGUCCUGUUCAUACCUACGGACGUCCAGGGUCUGGGCGUUCAGCUCGGCUUCACGCAUACAGACGUAGAGAAGUACCUCAACAGACCAGAUUUGACCUUCAACAGUGUCUCCAGGUCAGGCUUCGACGAGAUGCUCCGUGACUGGAGACGUAGGGUUAGGCCGGGGGACCAGGUGGACAGACUACACACUGCCAUGAAGGAUGCCGGGUUGGGAUAUGCAGCCGACAUUUUACCGCAUGGACGUAAGUAUCACAUCGGAGACUGA